AUGGGCGAUCAAACAAUUCGCGAGUUAGCCGUGGCUCCUGCAGAACAACAACCCCUUUGCAUUACAUUUCCUCAAGGCACCACCCAUUUUACUCUAAAAACGGGGUUAAUUCAUCUCCUUCCUACCUUCAAUGGCCUUCCAAGCGAGAGUCCACACACACACUUAGCCGAAUUAUAUUUGGUUUGUUCAAGCAUGAAACCUCAGGGAGUAUCCGAAAACCAAAUUAAAUUACAAGCGUUUCCUUUUUCUUUAUCCGGCAUAGCAAAAAAAUGGUUGUUUUAUUUACCGCCAAAUUCCAUUACUAUUUGGGCUGAUUUGAAUCGUAUUUUUCUUGACAAGUUUUUCCCAGCAGCAAAAGCAAGCGAACUAAGGCGAAGCAUCCUUGGAAUUAAACAAAAGUAUGACAAGUCGCUUUAUGAAUAUUGGGAGCGAUUCAAGAAGCUAUGUGCGAGCUGUCCUCAACAUGGAUUGAGCGAACAAACGCUUCUGCAAUAUUUCUAUGAAGGUUUGCUUCCGAUGGAGAUGAAAAUGAUUGACGCCGCCAGUGGAGGAGCGCUUGUCAACAUGACCCCCACUCAAACAAGGGAAUUAAUUUCGACAAUGGCAGCCAACUCUCAACAGUUUGGCGCCACGAAUGAACCUAGGCGAAGGGUUCACGAGGUAAGUACCGUUUCACUUGAAAAUAAAAUCGAUAAAUUAACUAACGUUGUUAAUUCUCUAAUUACAGGAAAGAACGGAUCAGCCAAAGUAUGCGAAAUUUGUACGAUGCCAGACCAGCCAACCGAUUGUUGCCCGACACUCCAAGAGGGGAUAGGCGAACAGGUGAAUACCGUGGGGAGUUUUUCGGGGCCACCUCAAAGACUUCAUAACCCCCAUAGUAAUACCUACAAUCCGGGAUGGCGAGACCACCCGGAUUUUAGCUAUGGACAAAACCAGAGGUCGAACCAAUCUUACCAACCAAGGCCGCCUCCACCACAACCAUAUCAGCCGCCAAAAAGUUCACUCGAGUCUCUCGUAGAGCGAUUAGUGCAAUCCCAAGAGAAAUUUCAAGACCGAACAGAGUCACAUUUGCAAGAAAUUGACAAACAAAUAAGUCAAUUGGCAAAAACUGUGGGCCGUUUAGAAUCGUAA